AGGGGGGCCCUGGGCAGAGAGCCCAGCGCAGGGAGCCAGCGCCAGACAGGAGGCCUUGCAGGCUGGACUUGGAGGGAGAUUGUGACUCUGACCGGGGGAGGAUGACACUGAGGAGAAGGGUCCUGUUCCCUACAGCUUGGGGGCAUGUGGCCACCACCAGAGCAGGUGUCUGACCCGCGGUAUCACUGCAGGCAGCCAGGGCCUGGGAAGGAAGUCUGGGAGGUGUGAGGAACAGACUGUGACCUUUCCAGAGACGCUGGUUGUGGUGUCCCUGUGCCACAGAACGGGGAAUAGAAACUGAAAGGGAGAAAAUACACCAGUAAAACAAACAGCCUCGGAAGCUGCAGUGAGAGAAAGCCAUGGCUGCUGGUUGGAACAGAGAUCAUGUAUCCAGAGGCAUCACACAGGGGGGGAAGAUAUCCCAGGAGACAUUUAUAGACAGUUAUGACCCAAGUGUCCUUCGAAGGGUGCAAUACAUGCUCUAUGAAAUCAAGUGGAGCAACAGCAAAAGGCCCUGGCAGAGGUGUUGCCAUAGCACUCGAACAGAGCAUGCUGAAAUCCACUUCCUGGAAGAUGUCUUUCAGGAGCAAAGAUCUGAUCCUUCUGCCCACUGCUCCAUCACCUGGUACAUGUCCUGGAGUCCCUGUGGGGACUGCUGCAAGGAAAUCAGAGAUUUCCUGAAGGACCAGCCUAAUGUGAAUCUAGUUAUUUAUGUAGCACGGAUCUACUGGCACAAAGAGGAACCCAAUCGUCAGGGUCUACGGAGCCUGGUGAACAUUGGAGUGACCAUCCGAGUCAUGGACCUCCCAGCUUAUAGCUACUGUUGGAGAACAUUUGUUGAUGAUGACAACGAGGAUGAAGAUGAUUAUUGGCCCAGGCACUUUGCUCCAUGGAUAAUGCUAUAUUCUCUCGAACUCCAGUCCAUCCUUCAGAACAUUCCGUCUUGCUUAGAGAUUUCAGCAGGUGAGAACCAGACUCCAGUUUUCAGCCUCUGUGUAGAAGAUGAUCAACAGAAAAGAGCACUCACAUCAGCCAAUCCCUGAUUGCCGCCAGUAUCCUGGCCUGGGCUGCCAGCCAGUCUCUGGAUGCCAUGAGUGUAUUGAACCAGGCCAUCAUGGGGAAGGGAUGUUGAUAGGACACUAGAAUGUUUAAUCAUUCCAAUUUGAUUUAGUUACUCGUAGCCAUUUCCUUCCCAUUGGUUCAGCUUGUAGCCUUUUGAAAAGUGAAUCAUGUUUAAAUAUUUAAUGUUGUACAGUGACUGGGUCAUGUUAACACCUGUGACUUAGGGUACGGGUUUAUUCCAUCACAGUUAAGACAAGAGUAUCUUGCUUAUUCUGCAGCCAAUGCUGUUUCACCAAAUGAAUAUAACACUAUAUGGUUUGCUUUGUGUAAGCAGUUUAUAAGGAACUAAUUCAUUGUUCAAUAACAUAUGUAAAGACCUUAGAGAGAAUUUAUUCUUCAGGAUUAUUUUUCUGAAUGAUUUUUCCCUUGAUAGAUUUCUAGGUUUUACUUUCUCUGUCUUUUGUCAAUGUAAC